GCCGCGGCUGCCGGCAUGCCGCUGCCUCUGCCUCGCUGGCUGCCCCGGCCCCGCUCUCCCUCGUCUCGUCUGCGCCUUCUCGAUUUGCCUUUUUUACCCGUCUGGGGCGUCAUGCUUCCUCCCCAGCCACCCCUUAUUCCUUUCCCUUCUCGGGGGGCAAAAAAAAAACCCCCCCCAAAAAGCAGGCAAGCCGCGAGGCGGAGGGGCUCGGUGGGGGAAGGGGAGUGUUUUGAAGUUGGGCAUGCAGGAGCCUUGCAGACUGGCGCCUUGCAUUUGGAGGAGCGAGCAGGAGGGGCUGCACUAGGAGCUGGAGGAGGCAAUGACAUUCAGUGGUGUUUUUCUCAGGUGAAAGGCGCUGUGGAUGAUGAUGUAGCAGAAGCUGAUAUAAUUUCUACAGUAGAAUUUAACCAUUCUGGAGAGCUGUUAGCGACAGGAGACAAAGGAGGGAGAGUUGUCAUCUUUCAACAGGAGCAGGAGAACAAAACCCAGUCUCACAGUAGGGGAGAAUACAAUGUUUACAGUACCUUUCAAAGCCAUGAACCAGAGUUUGACUACUUGAAAAGUUUAGAAAUUGAAGAGAAGAUCAACAAAAUUAGGUGGUUACCCCAGAAAAAUGCUGCUCAGUUUUUAUUGUCUACAAAUGAUAAAACAAUAAAAUUAUGGAAAAUCAGUGAAAGGGACAAGAGACCAGAGGGUUAUAAUUUAAAGGAAGAAGAUGGGCGGUAUAGGGAUCCUACUACAGUUACAACACUACGGGUGCCAGUGUUCAGGCCCAUGGACCUCAUGGUCGAAGCUAGUCCACGAAGAAUAUUUGCCAACGCUCACACGUAUCACAUCAACUCCAUCUCCAUCAAUAGUGACUACGAAACCUACUUGUCUGCAGAUGACUUGAGGAUCAACCUGUGGCACCUAGAAAUCACAGACAGAAGCUUUAAUAUUGUAGAUAUUAAGCCUGCCAACAUGGAAGAGCUGACAGAGGUGAUCACAGCUGCAGAGUUCCACCCCAACAGCUGCAACACAUUUGUGUACAGCAGCAGUAAAGGAACCAUUCGUCUCUGUGACAUGAGAGCAUCAGCGCUCUGCGACCGGCACUCGAAACUGUUUGAAGAACCAGAAGAUCCUAGCAACAGAUCCUUUUUCUCUGAAAUCAUCUCUUCCAUAUCUGAUGUCAAAUUUAGCCAUAGUGGUCGCUACAUGAUGACAAGAGAUUACCUGUCAGUGAAGAUCUGGGACUUAAAUAUGGAAAACAGACCUGUGGAAACAUACCAGGUGCAUGAAUACCUCAGAAGUAAACUUUGUUCCCUGUAUGAGAAUGAUUGCAUCUUUGACAAGUUUGAGUGCUGUUGGAAUGGAUCAGACAGCAUCGUCAUGACAGGGUCCUACAACAACUUCUUCAGGAUGUUUGACAGGAACUCCAAGCGAGAUGUCACCCUGGAGGCGUCCCGGGAGAACAACAAGCCCCGUACGGUGCUGAAGCCACGCAAGGUCUGCGCCAGCGGCAAGCGGAAGAAGGACGAGAUCAGCGUGGACAGCCUGGACUUCAACAAGAAGAUUCUGCACACAGCCUGGCACCCCAAGGAGAACAUCAUUGCUGUAGCCACCACAAACAACUUGUAUAUAUUUCAAGACAAGAUGAAUUAGGGUUGGCAUUCCUAACUGGAGAGUCCACUUCCUGCAUAGUUGAAAUAGUUGAAUCUAGCAUUUGUACCUGUAACGGAGAGCGAGCGAGAGGUCCAUUGUGGCACCCCCUUGGCAGUGUUUGACAUGUGCCAUAUGACAACACACUUCACAGCUGCGUGGAGAGAGCCCUGCUGCUCCCCUCCAUGCCUGCCAGCCAUUUAGGUGAGGCUAGGGCACUUUUUAAUUUAAGAUGACUACUUGCACCAUCUUGCCUAAUGGACUAGCCUGGACUCUAUCGACAUCGGUUUACUCCACUUUUUAUGCCUUCCAUUGUGAUGACGUCAGACACAGGGAAAGCCUUCAAUCAUGCUAUGGGAUUUAAUUGUGUAACCUCAUUACUGUAUCAUUCAUGGCCCCUUUUUUAUUAAAUACAGCUCAUUCUUGCUGUGGCUUGUAGCAUUCCUCCUCCUGGCCUCCCCCUUCCCCUUUCAUCCCCCUCCACCUCGCCUUGGUGGUGGUGUAUAGAGACAAAAAACCAGAAUAAAGCACACAUGAAGUGGGUCCGUUUGGGGUCAGUGGUAAAGGGGGGGCUGUGUUGCAACAAAUGUUUUAUGAAAACAGUUGACUGUAAUCACUCCUUGCCAUGUCUGGCACCAAAACAAGGAAACAAAAAGAAACAAACAAAAAAAAAAAGAAAGAGAAAAUAAGGAGAGAGAGAAAAAAAAAAAUAACAAAACUACUGAAUAAAAGUGACAAAGAAUGGAGAAUCUGUUUUCUUUUUUUUAAUCUACCUCUUUAUACAAAUACUCUGUGUUUUACCUUAGAUGCAUGAAAAUAAAAUUAUGGUUUUUUGUAAUCAUUUUAACCAGUAUUAAUUUUCUUUUCCACGGGAAUGAGGGAGGGAAUUUCAGCAGAAUCCACAUCCAGGAGCGGCAGCAGCAGCACCACCACCAGCCGUGUUUGUGUGGACCUCUGCAUCUCCAGCUGUGCCCUGCUGUCAGGUUGUGCCAUCUGAGCAGGGCACUUUCUCUGGCAGUGUCCCCAAAGGCUGCUUUUUUCAAUUGGAACAGGAAGCAAAUUUUCGGGUCUAGAAAUCCAUUUUAUAGGACUAAUGUCUUAACGUUGAGUUUUGUCCUGGUUUCUUGAUUGCCUUCUUUUAGGCUGCAAACCUUAAUGCCUUGUUUGGAGAGCUGAGUCCCCUGUGGCUUUUUCAGUUGUCUGAGUUCUUGUCUAGUGCAGCUCACUGCAGCAUCCUGAGCUGCUGGCUCUGUGCUUUGUUGCUAUCAGUAGCAGUGGUACUGUGGUCUGACCAUGCAGGUGUUUCUCCUGGCUUCUGGUGUUGCAGAGUUGCUGCACUUACAGAAGGGUGGCAGAUGAGAAACACCUGAAGUGGUGCAGCAGCUGCAUGAAAUCAAUGUGCACAGUUGAGAGUCCUCAGAGAGCAAGGCUUAGCCAAAGAUGAACCAGAGAGUGAUGCUUCAUAAGGCUCACCAGUGUUUACUGCCAGGUGUUUUUGCUAACUGUGCUUUUAGGUUUACUCUCCCUUCAUGGAAAGGUUCAGAAUGGAGUUUAAAGUCGCAGUGAACUUGUCCUGGCUGGGAGGAUUUUCACUUUUCAGUUACCUAUAUUGGAAGUAUUUCUGUGGCUUGGUUCUAGGCAGUUAUUACAAUGCCUCUCUUUGGUCAGCUGAGAUACUGUUUCUGCUGUAAAAUUAUGGCUGGGUGAGGCUGUUAAUAAGACUACUCUUGCAGUCAUACUUCAAGUCCUUGUGCAGUGGUUUGAUAAUGUGAAGAUUCUAAGAUUUGUUAGCUCUGGGUUCUCUUUAAGUAUUUAUCUUGUACCAUGCAUGCCUGACCAUGAGCCUUUGUAAGGACUUGACCUUUUUGUUUUCACCUGUUAGGUUUAACUGCCCCAGGGACAGCAGCUGUUUUCCAGUGGGUGAAUGAAGCUCUGCAAACCCUACUCCUACCUACAGAGCAUGUGACUCAUUUUACUCAAAUGACUACUUGCUAAUAGUUAAGGAAGCAACUGGUGAGUGAGGAUAAUCAUGUGCCUGGGUGCUGCAGAAUCAGGGCCAAGGUUUGUUCUUAUGGCAAGGGCAAGAGGUAAUGAGCCUCACACCCAGGGCAGGUAAAACUCAUCUGCACAGUGCAUGGAGCAGCACAGGGUUUAACCCUGCUGCUCUGGGAAGACAGAGGUGUUGGGCUGCUGCUCUUGUUAUUCUGUGUGCACUGAACACCUGGAAGGGUGCUUAGGACAGACAAAGUGUGGAUGUGAAGAUAAAGACUGAGCAGGUAGCUUGCCCUAGAGCACAGAGCGGCCUCCCAGCAAUACCGCACCCAAGGGAAGCUGCCUCUGGGACCUCAGCUGUGCGUUGGGAUGGAGGUGGGUUAAAGCUGGGCUUGGGAAGAGCUCUGGUUUUGUCAGUAGUGGUGACCCCUGGCAUGUCAUCUGAGGUUUAACUUGCCCUCACCAAAACCAGCUACUGACUUUGCUGUCAUACUAUCCAAGUAGCUAGUUCUCUAAGCACACUGUCCAUUGACACAUGCUGUAAAUCUUAUAUUUUAUUAAUAAAAGGAUGCCUGGAA